AUUGUACACCUAGGAUGGCUUGAGGGUGAGUAAAUCAUGGGAUAAUUUUCAUUUUUGGGUGAACUGUCCCUUUAAAGAAAAAAAUCCAAUGCAUGUAAGUCAGAUUAUUGCCAUCUAGUGAGAGAAAUUAAGAAAAUCCAGUGUUUCAAUUAUGAGAGAAUACUUUAUCAUGACUGAUUUGUAAUCUACAAAUCAGCCAUGAUAAAGUAUUCUCUCAUAAUACCCCAGAAAUUUGCUUUGUAUUUUCGGAUUUCCCUUUAAUUUCAUUUUUGACUACGAAUAGACUGAAUUACGAUUCAAUUCAUGGAGUAAUAAUACCUUGUGUUUGCGUAUCAUGUGUAGGGCUUAGUUGGAAAAAAUACAUCAUUAGCACUGAUUCAGCCUCUGAUACCUUGUUUUACUUUUAUUAAAGUAUAGGAAAGAUUAUCACCAUAUUCCCUGAAGUGUUUUACAACAAAUUUGUAUGUAAAGGACACUAUUAAAAUGUCCAUAAACUUUUUAAAUGAUCAUUUAUGGCUGUAUUUAAAACCAUAAUCCUGCUUUUCUUUCGAAGUCCUUCCAAGCACCGCCCACUGACCAUUAGAUUGACAUGUGAAGUGACCAACCGCAGCUACUCUUUUUCUUAACGCGAUCGAAUGACUGUCAGGCAACGGCGUUCGCGCCUGCACCAUUUUGGUUGCCGUAACCGCUCGUCAGAUAGCAAAAAAGUGAGUUUUUUUAGAAUACCGCGGGUGAGGACACAUGAAGGAGAGGAAACUAGAGUACUUUGUGAAAGAAGACGGGCUACCUGGAUAGCCAGAAUAAACAAGAAAAAGAUCUCAGACAGCUGCAGAGUGUGUUCGGAUCACUUCAUCCAAGGUAGACCAAGUUACCAUCACGAUGAAACAAAUCCUGACUGGGCACCGUCAGUAAAGUUGGGAGUUGAAGACACUCGCAGCCAAUCAAAGUUGAGCAGGUAUCAGAAAACCAAAAAAAGACGACAUAUUAGAGAAGAUGAGAAACUUGUAGCAGAGACCCUCCUUGAAGUAGCUACACAAGACACCGAAGAGCCUUGUGUUAAAAAAGAGGAGUGUGAGGUGAAGGCAAGAGCUACAUGUGAUCCAGUGACCAAUAAGAGCUCGAACAGUGAAUGCCAGAGGCUGCACAGUGACCCGUGGGCAACAAAGCUGAACACAGCAUGUGAUGCCAGCACUAUAUCUGCAUCACUGAUAUCCACAGACAGCACUGAAGCUGAGGAGAAGCUCAAAACUGAACUAAAAUCCUUACGGGAGAAGUUGAGAAUCUUUCAGGAAUUUAAACAGACUUUGCAUCAAACUGCAGAACAUAUUAAGAUCCAGGCUAAAUGCACUGAGAAGCAGAUUAAGGAGAAAUUUGUGAAACUUUAUCAGUUUUUAUCUAAUGAAGAGGCGGCCAGGAUAAAAGCACUGAAGGAGGAAGAAGAGCAAAAGAGUCAAAUAAUGAGGAAGAAGAUUGAGAAGAUUAGCAGAGAGAUUUCUUCUCUUUCUGCCACAAUCACAGCUAUAGAGGAGGAGAUGAAAGCUGAAGAUGCUUUAUUCCUACAAAACUACGAGGCCACUAUGAAAAGAGUUUCCCAGUGUAGACCGCUGGAUCCAGAGAACAUUUCCGGAGUGCUGAUCAAUGUUUCGAAACACCUGAGCAACCUGAAGUUUACUGUGUUACAGAAGAUGCAGAAAACUGUUGAAUACACUCCUGUGACCUUUGACCCCAACACUGCUCACUGUAACCUCAUCCUGUCUGAUGAUCUGACCAGUGUGAGAUACAGCGACGAGGAACAGACACUUCAUGAUAAUCCAGAGAGAUUCGACAUGUUUGCGUGUGUUCUUGGCUCAGAGGGCUUUGACUCCGGGUCUCACUGCUGGGAUGUUGAGGUCGGAGACAGUACAGGCUGGUUCCUCGGAGUGAUGAAUGAAUCCGCUCAGAGGAGGAAUAAAAUAUUCUCAAGGAGUGGAAUCUGGCUGGUGGGGCAUUUCUGUGGUGAAUAUAAAGCACAUGUACCACCUCAAUCACCAACUCUCCUCCCGGUGAAAGAGAAACUGCAGAGGAUCAGAGUUCAUUUGGACUGGGACAGUGGAAAGCUGUCGUUCUCUGACCCUCUUACCGACACACACAUACACUCUUUCACACACACAUUUACUGAAAGAUUAUUUCCAUUUUUCGGUGUUGGCUGUAAUAUUUCUCCUCUGCUCAUCUUACCUGUAAAAAUGACUCUAAUACAGUCCAAUUAGUAGUGAAAAUCUAUUUUUUCCUUAUUUUUAUCUGUUUUAAAACUUUUUCAGUCAGAUAUGAAAAUGGUCCACAGUGAAUACAAGCAUUAAUUUCAAUAUUCCUCUUGCUGAGACAAAUAUGUACACAUGUAUUUAGUUCACCAUUAAGUUACAUGACUGUAACCUUAAUAUCUCUACCUCAUUCAUUCAUUCAUAUGUUGUGUUAAAAUAAAACUAAACUUUAAAUUA